AUGCCACAAGGCAGCACGCGGACCUGCAAGACAUGGGUAGACUUUCACCAGCAGGCCUCUGACGCCCCUGACUGCUUCCAAAGCCCGUGCUCGGUGAUAUCCGUGGUGAACGCAAUACUGUGGACGGCGUUAGCUCUUGUCGCGGUUGGGCUGCGGCUGUUCACGAGAGGAGUCAUUGUGAAGAGGAUGGGAUGGGAUGAUUACCUUAUGGCGGCUGCGAUGCGAUUCAGCUUUGAACACACACUACGGAAGGCUUCAGAUUCCUCGUCAGAGUUCACGAAGGCCUGGGACGACUCGUUGCAAGGCUGGUGCGUCGACAGACCAGCACUGAAUUAUUCGGUUGCCGGGUUCAACAUUGUCAAUGACCUUAUGUUGCUCAUCAUCCCACUACCAUUCCUGCAAAAGCUACAAAUCCCUAGAAAGCAGCGUAUCAUACUUGUUUCGGUCUUUGCUUGUGGUCUAUUCACGACCGUUAUAUCGAUCGUUAGACUCAGGGCGCUGUACCAGAAUCUGAAUGGACCAUAUGAAGAACAAUCAGUUACCAGCGUCCCUAUCGCUCUGUGGUCUGUCAUAGAAAUCAAUGUCGCUAUCAUCUGCGGCUCUGUGCCAUCACUGAAAGCUUUUGUCUCCCGCGUCAUCUUUGGACAAAAGCCCGGAUCCACCCCCUCUCACAACGUAUACGGGCUCUCUGCAACUCGCAAACAGAGUCAGGUGCUGAGGAGCCAGGUCGACGACGAGGAGCGUCGUGGCACGAGGCUAGAGAUUCAAGUUGAGCAAUCCAUUGAGAUGAAGGCGUACCACGUCGAUGAGACCGGCUCAGAUAAGAAUCUCAUACAUGUGGGGGCGCAGGGUUUCCGAAACGACUCGCGGAACCAGACUGAGACCAAAAUUAACGCCAAUGGAAACACAGUGAUGGUGUCCGGUAGUUCGACGCCGGUCUAA